AUGGAUACCAUAAUGAGCAACCUCCCUCCGGAGGUCAGCGCCAUCCUAGUGAAGAACCUCACGAUACUCCAGAUCGUGGCAAUGUUCUCCAUCGGCGCGUGGAACUCAAUAGAAGUCAUAAUCGGCGUCUUCGAACGCUUCCGAAAAUACCGCGGUCUAUACUUCUGGUCCAUGCAAAUCGCCGCCUGGGGCAUCCUCCUCCACGCCAUCCCAGCCCAAAUACGCUAUCUCCAAACAGCCCCCAAUCUCCCCAUGUCCAUCCCCUUCAUCAUAGGCUGGAUUUGCAUGGUAUCCGGCCAAGCCCUCGUCCUCUACUCCCGCCUCCACCUAGUCGUCCAAGACGUCCGCCACAUCCGCUGGGUACUAUGGAUGAUAAUCACCAACUUCCUCAUCCUCCACGUUCCCAUGACAGUCCUCUUCUACCACCUCGACCACCAGACCUGCCGUAAACCAGCAGCCACCUUCGACCGCAUCCAAGUAAGCGGCUUCGCAAUCCAGGAUACCGUCAUCUGCGCCAUCUACGUGCGCGAAGCACUCCGCGCUCUCAAACCAGUCUUCGAAUCAAGAGACCCGCAGGGCAGAAGAAUAAUCUACCAACUCAUCUUCGUCAACUUAUUCGGCAUCCUCCUCGACGCCCUCGUCAUCAUCGCCGAGCUAAAAAUGCACUACAUCGCCGUCAGCUUCAAAACCGUCGCCUACAGCGUCAAGCUGAAACUCGAGUUCCAUGUCCUCACACAGCUACAAGAGUUAACCCGCACAUACCCUUGUGCGUUGUGUCGAGGCGAGGAUGCCACUCCGCGUGAAUCGACGGAUCUUAAUAUCCACGAUAUGAUAUCUAGUAGACCGGUGCUGAGGGGCCCUGAUGCACAGGCUGCAGCUAGUUCGGGGGGCACGGUUUGUCCGGCGGCGGUUCAUUUGACUUCCGGGCGGAGUAGUGCGUAUGAUUUUCAUGAGGCGCUGCGGGAGACGACGUCGACGGCUGUUGAUUCUGUGGAGAUGCAGAGGGAUGCCAGGCCUCUCAUGCGCUCGACUGAUACACAGUCUACGAUUGAGAUGACCUUGCUUGAUUCACCUAAGUAG